AUGCAUCUCAAUGCAUUUUCGUUCUUCCUUUUGGUCGCCACGGCCCUCGCUGCUACAUCAGAUCAAACCACAGUUGAUUCUGCUCUAGAGUCUCUAUUGACUUACCCAACGUGGGUCAUUGAAGCUAUUGACAGUGCUGAGCCAACUGCGUGGGCCUCAUCAUUCCGAUAUGAUGAGGCCUUUUUUAUUUCAGUCAACAAGGCGAUGGUCGAAGGAACCAUGCCGGCUUGGUACAACAAUCUUCCUGAGAGUGUGAAGCGAUUUGAAUCCACCAGGGACGCCGCCAUUGAAGCUUAUGAGAUCACAGCGAGCCAAGAUCUGUCGACCUCUUCAAGCUCCUUCGCCACAGCUACCGCUACAGCCACGACUAGUGCUGCUACAAGCACUGCCACUUCAUCUUCCAAUGGUGCUGUGAGUUUAAGCUCUACGGACAGUGUACUGCGUACGGCUAGGGCAGCUGGCGCCCUUGGUCUCGGUUUUAUUCUUGCUCUUUAA